AUGGCUGCAUAUUCGAACAACAACCUUGCCCCGCCCAUCUUGCCAACGAGCGCCGCGGCCACAAAAAAGGAGACCAUGGCCGUGAAAAAAAACGGGGCAAAGCGGACUGUUGGUGGAGGCAGCGGCGCUGGCGGCAACAAGCAAGCGAGGAGUAGUACCAGGGUCGGGGCGGGCUUGUCGGAAGACGUGCCCGGCGGUGGCGGCACCACAUGUUGGAGGCAAGGGGCAAGCAACAGUGCCGUAGCGAGAGCGGCGGCAAAGGCGGCGGAACGGAUGACAAAGCUAGAGGCCUUGAUGAAUGCGGCCAUGGAGAGCCCGGUGACCUACGAAGAGCAGGUCCGGCGGGAGCGUCUGGCCCACCUACGAGUCAUGUACACGGUGGAGAGGGAUAUGGCGGAGCUACCGGUGGACUUUCUGCGGGGGGUCGGCUACGAAGACUACGGCAUAAAGCCGAGGCUAUCGCGCAUGUGCGCCGCGCUCGGGAAGUCGCACCGCUGGAGCAAGACCGUCGCGCUGUCGAGGUGGGCGCGGGCCUUGGAGAAAGCCCGCGCCGACGAGUUCGCUGAAGACAUGCUCCGGUACGAGCACGCCAGGCUUUUCGCCACGCUGUCCUCUAUCAGGAAGCGGUGGGAGCUUAAGCAGGCGAGGAGGCGCUUCUUGGGGUGGAGAAAGCGCGUGAGGCUGGCGCGCUUGGCCGAGGAUGAGCACCGCGCCAGGGUGGGGGCUAUCAAGAUCCAGCGGUGGGCGCGAAGGCGUCUGGCGGCGCGGCGACGGCGCAGGGCUCUGGAGCAGAGAGAGCGCCGGAGGAACGCUCUUGCCCGAGACAAGGCGGAUGCCGUCGCCGGGGUGCUGAGCUUCGAAGACAAUCGAAGGGAAACGCUUUGGCGAACGCUGCGCCUCGUGGAUGAAAAGAGGCGCUACGAGGCCAACCAUCGCGCCGCCACGGCGUUGCAAGACGCGUGGCUGCGGCACGUCGGAAGGUGCCAAUUAUUGGAGUAUGCGGAGAUGGAGCGGCAAGAGUUGCACCGCCGCCGGCUUGCGGAGCAGGCCAGGAGAUGGGUUGUUAUCCUUCCGAUGGCGCGGGGCUUCCUGUCGGCGUGCCUGGAUCGCUCCCAGAGGGCCGUCAUCGCCAAGCUGAGGGCGCGGCACGAGACCCUGAGGCUCGCCCACGAGGCGGAGCUGGCGGAGCACCGCCGGGUCCUCAACGCCGCCCACGCCGUGAUAGCGCACGCGUGGAGGGGCAAGAGCUCCCGGCUGGAAUUCCUCGCCCGCAUGAAGGCGCUGGUGGACGUGCAGCGGGCCUGGAAGAGGGCGGCCGGGCGGCGGAGGCUGCAGGCUGAGAUUGACGACCGUGUGGUGGCGACGGCACAACGAAUCAAGAAGGCCCGCGAGAGCGCCGCCUCCCGCCUCCAGGCGUUCGCCCGCAAAAGCGCCCAGCGGCACCAGCUCAGCAAGCGCUUCGCCGCCCGCAAGGCCAAGCUCGACUUCGAGCGGAGGAACCGGUCGGAGCUGGCCUCCGCCUGCCUGGUCAUGUUCAAGCCCUCCCGCGCCAUCCGCGAGGCCGCCGGCAGGGAGGACUUCGAGGCGAUGGGGGACGCGGUCCGGCCCGCGGAGGUGGUGGCGCGGCUGCGGGCGAGCGCCGCCGCGCGCGGGGUGUCGCUCUCCCAGAUCAUGUCCGGGGCCUUCGACGACGACGACGACGACGGCGACCAUGAGGGUGGUGUAGGGGAGGACGGGGCUCCGAAGCGUUUGUCCGGAUCCGAGCUGGCGCGCGCCGUGCUGAAGCAGCAGGAAAGUCAGCGGCGCGCGGCGGAGGCUGUGCAACAUGCAUGGAGGAAGCGGAAGGCGAUGCUCCACCUGGAGGGGCUCUUCGCGAAGCGGAAGGUUCAGAUACUCAACGACAGGAGAGAGCUCUCGGCCUUCCGGCUCCAGAGGGUGUGGGCGAGCGCUAGGCUCAGGGUCGAGCUGGCGGCCAGGGUAGAGGCGACUCGCCGCCGGAUCGCGGCCGAGAGGGACUGGGGGGCGAGGAUGCUGCAGAGGCUUUGCCGUCGCCGCAAGGACGCCAAGGAGCUCGCGUCGAGGUUCGCCAUCCGAAAGAUCAUCCUGGAGCAGGCGAGAUCGCUGCGAGAGAUGAAUGCCGCCGUGAGCAAGAUUCAGCUGUGGUACCGCCGACGCCAGGGAGUCUACUACACCACCCUGCGAAUCGUCGCGCGAUACCAGCUAGCAUACAAGCGCGAUGUGUUGGCCAGGGAGGAGUACCUUCGGCGCAGGGAGGAGGCCGCCGUGGCCGUGCAGCUCGCGUGGCGCAGACGAUCCAUGAGAGUUUACCUGUCGCGCCGCUUCGAGGGAAGGCGUGCGAGGAUCGCGCUGGCAAAGAAGGCGGCGGAGAGAGAGGCAGCGGCGAAGGUUCUGCAGGGGUGGUGGCGCCGAAGGCAGGCUCGAGUGAUGCUCAGGGGGCGGUUUGCCAAGCGAGCGCGGCUGAUGGUGAAGAAGGCCGAGGAGGAAGAGCGGGCUCGGCUAGAGGACGGAGCGGCGCGGCUCCUGCAGAAGACGUGGACUCGGCACUGCGAGUGGGAGAAGAUGAGGCUGCGCUUCUGCCUCCGCAGAAAGGUGUUGGACGAAACGUUCGCGCUAGAGGAAUCCAAGAGGCUUGAGCUGGAACAACUGGAGCACGAGAAGAGGGAGGAGGAAAAACGCCUCCAGCGUGAGCACGAGGCCACCAAGGUGAAGCUUCUGCUGGAAGAGACUGAGAAAAAGCGGAAAGCGGACGAGGCUGCCGACUACCUGCUGAAGGCUUGGAAGCUGGGAUACGACCAGGACAAUGCCCGGAACUACUGGUUCAACCACGUCACAGGAGAGUCAUCAUUGGAGAGACCGGAAGGGUGGGUCAUACUUCCCUCGGAGAGGUGGAAGAAGCAGACCAACGACAAGGGCCUGGCGUACUACCUCGACCUCGAGACGGGCAAGACCCACUGGUUCCCUCCGUGCGAGCAGUGCUACAAGAGGGAAGGCGAGAAGGUCUGCAUGGAUUGCGAGGAGCAGGUGUACUGCGGCCGCUGCUGGACGAUGGCGCACAAGGAAGAGCACAUGGCGGGGCAUGUGUGGAAGGGCGCCGACUCCGGUAAGGAAGACCUUAGCCCCGGAGAGAGACACUGCGUCGACUGUGGAUUCCGAAAGGCCAAGUGGGUGUGCCUUCAAUGCAAGGAUGCCCUGUGCGGCGAGUGUAACGCUAGAAUUCACGGGAGUGGACACCGCAAGAACCACCAAGUCGAGACGUACGCCAAGUCCAAGAAAGGCUGGCAGACUGUGGAGGGUAGAACGGACAACGAGCCGACCUACUACUUCAACGCGUCGACGGGAGAGAGCACGUUCGACAAGCCGCAAGAUCUCAUGCUUCCCGAGGAGCUCGUCGAGCACCUGCGCUUCCUCAAGUACAAAGAGACCAGCGAGAAGUAUGUGCAAAAGAUCGAGAAACUGCAGUUCCAGCUCGAGGAGCUUAUGUACGAGAAGGACAAGAUCGCAUACCAGUGGGCCAACGCACAAAAGGACAUGAAGGCCGACCACGGGACAGGAGGGGGACUGUCUCUAAGUGGCCUCAAGUUUGGCGGCAGCGACAAGAAAAGCAAGAAGAAGGCCGCGGCCGAAGACCCCAGGACUCGAGAACAGGAGGAAGGCUACAAGAAGAGCCUGCUCCUCUCCCGGAAGGACAAGAAGGACAUGGGCUUCGAGGUCAAGCUCAAGAAAGAGACGGUGCUAGACUCCUAG